UUUAAUGAAAUGGGAAACACAAAACAUAGUUUGCAAGAUCGCAUUAGUAACUUGAUGAUAUUGCCGAUGACACUGUUUGUGAUAAAUAUGUAUAAAUAUAGUAAUAAACUGAUAAUAAUAUAGUUUAACUGUAUGUUAUUAAUUUAUAACACAGGUUUAUCAUUCGUGUUGUGGGAUUUGUGACUUUGUGUGGAUUAGUGAAGAACGUGAUUUAAAAUGUUAACCAGAUUAUUAUUUUUCAAUUUAGUGCUCAGCUGUUUGGGGUAUUUAGAUCUUGAUGAUGAGUGUUUCUCACCAACCAAAGUGCCUGGGAAGUGCAAGCUGGCCUACAACUGCGCUGCAUCUUUAAACGCAAUAAAAACAGAAGGAUUCCACAAUUUGACUCGGUGUGGUUUUCGAGGACACACAGAAAUAGUGUGUUGCAUACCUCAAAAAGUGGAAAGCAGCUUCGGGGACAGAUUCGCGUCGGACCCAGCAACAGAGGCGUCCGCCACCAGCAGAGACCCCAUAGUCCUGCCGCCUCGCAACAGACCACCGCAGUCUAGACCCACUACUACCACCACCACCGCCAAGCCCAAAAGAAGGGCAGAGCUAGAAUGUGACAAAAUAAUUCAAUCAUCAGGUCCUCCUCUUUCACACUAUAUUAUAAAUGGGCAGGAAGCUGCCGAGGGGGAAUUCCCGUACAUGGCAGAACUGGGAUACUUCGACCCAAGUAAGGAUAAAGUUGAAUUCCUUUGCGGUGGGACCCUCAUAUCUAAACGCUAUGUUAUGACUGCAGCCCAUUGCCUGCAACCACAAAGAUUAAGGGAAAGGGCUGCAGUGUUUGUUCGCAUCGGCGUAGUUGUUCUAGGCAACGGAACUUACAAUGCGGCGACGGACUACAAAAUACAAGAGAUUAAAAUACACCCCGACUUCGCAGCGAGAGCGAUCAAAAAUGAUAUAGCACUGAUCAAAUUGGAAAGGGACGUCGUUUUUUCGGAUGUGGCACGACCCGGCUGUCUUUACACCAAACCUGAUGUUCCAUUGAAUGACUUUGUAGUGAUUGGAUUCGGUGUUACACAGAUAGAGACCAGAAAAUUUAGCGAAAAUCUACUUAGAGCAACUGUUACUUUCGUGCCAAAGAAAGAGUGCGCCGCUGACUACGACAAUGGACGCCAUCAAAUAGACGACAAUGUGAUUUGUGCUGGAGACAAAGAUAAACAUGCUGAUGCUUGCCAGGGAGAUUCCGGGUCAUCUUUACAAGCACUGACAGGCACGGAUGGCCACUUUCGCAUUCUUGGUAUAAUAUCAUACGGAAAGGGAUGCGGUACCAAAGUGCCCGGAGUCUACACUAAAGUAUACAGCUAUCUGGAUUGGAUAGAAAGUAUAGUGUGGAGUUAGAUACCACUUUAUAACAACAAUUAGGUAUGUUUUUGUGAUAAAAUGAGAGUUUAAAAACUCUCAAUUCAAUUGUAUCUAAGUAGGUAUAUGUAAGCAACAUUCUAUGGAUUAAAGAUGACUUCAAAAAUAAUACUAGUCAACUUUGACAUAAACAUAGAAGUUUUUUUUUUUUACUAACAACGAUGAGAUUAAGAAGCUAUUUAGGUACUCCAUAUUAAAAAUAAUAAUAAAAUGCAAUAAUUAAAGGUAGUAAAAUUGUUAUUGUAAGCACAGUAACCAUAAAACAAAGACAAAAUAGAACAAAAAAAUAAUAAAUAUCUAUCGUACAUGGAAAUUGUACAAUAUAACAGUCAUGUUAAACAAAUCAAAAGUUCUAAUAAUAAAAUAUAUUUAACCAUAAGGUAUACCGCUACAAGUUUUAAUAGGUACUUAUAAUA